CCAGCCUAGGAAAGUGUGUCCCCUCGCAAUGGGGCACGGCUGCAGGCAGGUUCCUCCAGGGGGAUGGGGUAGCAAGGGCUCUGGGCCGUGGGCGCAGGAAUGAGGCAUGAGGACAGCACCUUCCAGUGGAGGGCUCGGAGGAGCCGAGCAGCGGCGUGUGGGGUGGAUGGAGGAACUUGCUCUCCCUGCAGGAAUGCAAUUGUGAUGGCUAGGGGAUCUUACCCACGACUAGGGGACCAAGUGAGCUGUGCCACCAGUGAACUUGCCGCUCCUCAGGAGGGGAGAAAUUUUGCAACUUUUUCAGCCUAGAUCUGCAGUUUGGCAAGUCAUGGCGAUGGGGGGUCCAGGGACAGGCCCAUGAGAACCCACUCUGGGGGCAGAGAGGUGGAAACUCACCAUACCUGGCCCCGUGUCUCAUGGCAAGAUGGCUGGGAUUCAGGGCGCCACGGUGCAGAGCAUCCGGCCCUACAAGUCCAGUGAGCAGUAUCUCUACGCCAUGAAGGAGGACCUGGCCGAGUGGCUCAAGGAACUCUAUGACUUGGACGUCAACGUUGGGUCCCUCCUGGAGGUGCUGGAGACGGGCUCCAUGCUGUGCUUCCAUGCCAACAACAUCACCCAUGUGGCCAGAGAGUUCUCCCGCGACUAUCCGGGCCUGGCCCACAAGCUCCAGCUGCCCAGAUACGGGGUGACCUGUAAUGACUCUGCCCAGCCAGGGACCUUCCAGGCCAGGGAUAACGUGUCUAACUUCAUCCAGUGGUGCAGGAAGGAGAUGGAUAUUAAAGAGGUGCUGAUGUUUGAGACGGAGGACCUGGUGCUGAGGAAGAAUGAGAAAAACUUUGUGCUGUGCCUGCUGGAGGUGUCCCGCCGGGCCUCUCGCUUCGGGAUGAGUGCUCCCACCCUGAUCCAAAUGGAGGAGGAGAUUGAGGAGGAGAUCCGAGAGGAGAUGGACCUCCCCCCUGAGGAUACCCCACUUCCCAAGCCCCAGAGGAAGCCUUGUGACUUCAAGAACCUGGACCAGAUGGUCCAACACCUGGUGAGCCGCUGCACGUGCCCAGUCCAGUUCUCCAUGAUCAAGGUGUCUGAAGGAAAAUACCGCGUGGGCGAUUCCAACACCCUUAUUUUUGUCAGGAUCCUCCGGAAUCAUGUGAUGGUGCGGGUUGGAGGUGGCUGGGACACACUGGAGCAUUAUCUGGAUAAGCAUGACCCCUGCCGGUGCACCUCGCUGUCUCACAAGCAGGCUGUCAAGCUGACAAGCCCUCAAAGGCUGCAGGCAAUACAGGUGCAGCAUGAGAUCAAGGUCUGCCCGACACCCAGGACAGACAACCCAAAGAAGCCCCAGCCCACCCUAAUCGUGAGCAGGUCCCAAAGCCCCCUGCCCCCAGUGGAGUGGAGGACCUACACCCCCCAGAGCCUCAGCACCAGCCGGAAGCUUCGUUCAUCUCCAUCGCCAGAUAGCACCAGCAAGAAGGAUUCCAGGCUCAGGCCCCUGCGGGAGCAGUCAGAACCCAGGAGGGUCCCUUCGGCCAGGGCAACCGAGCGGUCUGCUACUCCUUCACGGAGGCAGCAGUUUGCUGAAGAAAGAUCUGCGACCCAGCAGACCUCCUCCACCCAGAGCCGGAGGGAUAAGCUGUGUGUUUCUACGUCCUCCCUGACCUCACAACUGACUGGAAGCGAGGAGGAUGGUUCUGGCGCCUCGGAAGCUCUCCUAGAGCCCCAGAGAGGGCGUCAGACUAGUAGAAUCCCUGGGAAGAAUCAGAAGGCCCCAGCUAGGCUUGUGCAAGCCAGGUGUACAGAGUCCAGGCCCCAGAUGACAGUGCCAAAAGACAGAACAGCUCAGCCGUCAAGGAGCACCCAGUAUGGAGUCAAACCCUUUCCACAGGCUCACAAGCCUCAGGAAUCAGGGGUCAAGAGCUUUCCUGGGAUGGUCCGUUCCUGCAGCCCAAUGAAACCUCUUCAUCUCUCCUCACAACAGGAUUCCAAGGGAGCUGCACAGAGCCUCAACGGUGCACACGGCUGGGGGGAUGCUGGGGUUGUGUUGCCAUCCUCCCCAGUUAAACACAUGGGCCAGACUCCAAAACAGGAAAGAAGCACUAAGAUCCCAGUCAAAGCCGGCCCCACAUUCAGCAGGCCCCCAACCCCUGUUCAGAGCCACCAGGGGGAGCCCCGCCUCCGAAACGGGUGGAAAGCCCCUGCCAGUGAAAUGGCAAAAGCCCCAGCUCUCUCAAAGAUCAAAGUCAUGUCCAGGACUGAGGAAGGCUCUCAGGGGCACAGACAAUGCAGUGGGGCAGUCAAGCCAGAGACAUUGUUGACCAACCUUCCCACUAGUCCAGAAGAUAGACUCGGCCUGUCAGAUCCAGCAGGGAAGGACAAGGAUCCAAAGGCCAAACUGGGGCAGGAGGUAGAGCCAGGGAACACCAAUAACAGCAGCAGCAGGAGUGGUGGCGAUCCAAUAGGCUGCUCAGAGGAGAGGGAACGUGUGUAUACGCCUUUGCCCAUCAACCUGGCCCAGGAACAGGCGCUGUACAGGAGCCUAGAAGAUGAGAUCUUAUCCAACAUAAAGAUUCUAGAGGCUGAUUCGGAUGAAAGCCACCACCCUGAAGGGAACCAGCUGGGCGACUUUGCCCUGGACUGCAGCCUAGCGAGCGUCACCACAGCCAGUGAUGUAAGUGGGCUCAGGUCCUCCACGCCCUCCCUGUCUUCCUUUACAAGCGCCAGGCAGACCUUGCCCUGUGGCAAGGGUGUGCCCCGGAGUGGUGUCUAUGUGCCCAGCGGAGAGGCAAAAUGGCACCCGGCUGGAUUCCGCUAUGGUGAUGUGAUGGACGAACUCUCCCAGGGGCACAAGCCACUCCACCCAGUGGAUGUGGAGAACUGGAUCGCCAAGAUCCCACCCAAGGGGGCUGUGAGGGUUUCCUCUCAGCCAAGUUCGCCUCUGGUGAAUGGAAACCAGGUGGAAAAGAAGCUUCUGGAGCCAGAAGGGGCUUUGUUCCAGGAGAACGUGUUCAAUGAAACCAAAGGCAAGCGGUCAAGGAGGCAGCCGCCUCACACAAGCCAUGCAGGGUCUGCUGCAGUCAGUAGAAAUAGCAAAGCUCCUCAGGCAGCCUUUGAUGGCCCCAAGGCAUCUAUCAAUUCUCCAGCCUCUGUGGGCGGCCUUGAAAAGUCCAAACUGCCUCAAGGUAAGCCCAAAAGGUCCCUGAAGAAGCCCGAACGGGUGCCAUCCAUCUACAAGCUAAAGCUACGCCCCAAAAUCCGCCCACGCAGGGACAACAGACCUGAGAAACGGCCAUCCAAAAUCCCCACUCCAGUGACCUACCGACAGGCACAGAAAGUGGCCAGUGCCAAAGCCCAAGAGAAGGCCCAUAGCUUAAAGCAUCAGAUCUGGCCAACUCAGGACAGCCUGGAUAGUACAAGGCAGAACAGCACAGGAAAUGCUGGGUCCGAGGAAGAGGCUUGGCUUUCAGAACACAGUGGCUCCCCACAAUCUGGGAAGAAGACAGUCCUAGCAGAUACCAAAGUGUGGCUCACAGAAGAAGAUGAGGAAUCCUGGGUCUGAUGUCUUGCCUGCUGGUGCCAGUUUUGCCUCCCAGUUGUCAGUGUUUAUAGCUCUACAGUGAGCCACAUUCUCCUCCAGCCGCAUUGGAGAAACGGGGUUAGAGAGGAGACUGCGGCCCAACAGAUGAGAAGCCAGUGAACUGAUGAUAUUGGGGGUGAAGCUGAAGUUCUCCCAGGUUCUCAGCUGAGUGGCUCAAAAAAAUAACCUGUUCAUUUGGGCCAAAGAAAUGCGACAUUUGUUUUGAAGGAAGAGAAUCUAAGAGGCAGGUUUUCAAAGAGGCCUCAACAUGACCCUCAAAAACUGCAGGUACAAUUUUGUGCUCUCUCCUGGUUUUUGGACAUGCACUAACCCCUCAAAGUGGCAAACUGAGUCCGCAAUUUGGGAUGAGGCAUCUUUGAAAACUCGGUCCCAAGUCUGGAACUAAGAGCAGAAUUUAGAACAAAGGGCGAAAACGGAUAACUAACAGUGUGGUACAAUGGCUGCCACAUUUUUUCUUUUCCAGCAGAUGGAAAUGUAAAUAUUUUUAGUGCAAAAGUACUAUCAGCAGGGGGAGAUGCCAGUGAUAUGUCUGAUCGUUUUCUCCUUGCCCCUGAGAGCCACACCAAAUCCAUUGUAAUAUUUUUCUUUGACAGAUGUACUUCUAAAUUCCCCUCUCAAUUAAUCUGGUGGAUUUCCAGGGAUGGUGUACUUGUGGAAUUGGGAGGAGAAUUUGGCCCAUAAAUUGCAAAUACAGAGGCCAGUUUAGCCCAUGCAGAGAGAAGAAAGAGCAUGGUCUUGUUUUUAAAGCAGGACAACUGGGUUCAAAUAAUUAAAUCCUUCUGUGCCUCAGUUUCCCCAUCUGUAAAAUGGGGCUAAUAAUGCUUACCUCUUAAGGCACCGAGCUUAGUGAAUAUUUGUAAAGCACUUUGAGAUCCUCAGGUGAAAGGCACAAGAGGAAGGCAAAGUAUUAUUAUUAUUGUCCUAGAUCCAUGGAUGACUCUUGUAUUGAUCCCAGUGGGAAUCCCAAGUGCACUUGUAAGGCAGUAUUGAGCCCUGCUUUUGAAAAGGUUCCCCCAAGAUUGCUCUGCCUUUUAUAUGAAAUGGGCAACAUGCCAGCCUCAUUUUGUUCACAAAAUUCUCGUUGAAUUCAAAGGGAGUUUUCUAAAACACUGGAAGUGGAAUAGCCCACGAAUUGUGUCAAAGUCCCUAAUCAGACCAUUUCCCCCUUUUUCAUGAAAUUACCGGGGCCAAAUACUCAGCUGAUGUAAAUUUGAUUUACUUCAGCUCAGGGUCUGGGCCACAGUUGCCUGCACGUAUUUUAAGCUUGUCAUUAUUAUUGUUAAACCAGUAGCCAUCCAUGCAUUUGAAAUAGGAAGUUACUUGAAACGACAAGAGCUGAAAGAAAUACAAUCAUAGAUUCAGAUGGUGGGUUUGUUUUUAACCAACAUGCUGGCGCUAGAGAUGCUUUGUGAAAUCAGGAAAGAGCCCUUUAGAGACCACCCACAGUGUCUUGAUACCCACGAAUGCUCUGUGUAAUUUAUGUGUGAAUUGUCUUUACUGUUAUAACUCUUGGAAAUAGUAUUUGAGGUGACUAUUAAUAAUGCUGCUUGUUCCAGUUAUAUAGCGUAUUCCUAAACCUUUGAUCACUAUACAAUUCUCAGUGUUUGUGCAAUAGAGACAUUCCAAAAACUCGUCUGAUUCAGUAACUCUUCUGUUUCAGUGGGGAUAUGCAAAGACUGAUCCAUUGAUAGCAACGAUGCCUGUAACCCAGGGAUGAAAUAGCUUACUAGAUGAACCCUUUGUUGCACUUUACACGGGAGAAAUUUUUUCCAAAACAACCUAUUUUUCCUUUGGGUCAUUAAAAAUCCCUAACUUUGGACCUAUGGCUAGGCUUUCCAAGAGAGGAUUAAAUAGGAAACGUGAGUUCAUAAAGACAAGAAUGCAAGAGUUUACAUGGUCUUUGUUAAUUAGAGCUGGUGGGAAUUUUCGUAUUUUUGGAAUGCUGAUUUACAAAAAUGUGGAAUUUUUUGCAAAACAAUGUUCUGGAUUUUUAAAUUUCUGUUCAUUAAAGGAGGCAGCAGGAAAUAGGACAGUCAGGUCCAGGCAGUAGGACAAGUCAGGUCCAGAUGUGGCCUGCUCCAUAUUUAAGAUUGUGGACAGGAGGGUGGGGGAAUCAGGAAUGGCAAAUGGGGUCAGGAAUGUAAACUGGAGUAGUAGUAAUAGGAUGAAAUUUAAUAGUGAAAAGUCCAAGGUCAUACAUUUAGGGAUUAAUAACAAGAAUUUUUGUUAUAAACUGGGUAUGCAUCACUUGGAAGUAACAGAGGAGGAGAAGGACCUCGGAGUAUUGGUUGAUCACAGGAUGACUAUGAGCUGCCAAUGUGAUAUGGCCGUGAAAAAAGCUAAUGUGGUCUUGGGAUGCAUCAGGCGAGGUAUUUCCAGUAGAGAUAAGGAGGUGUUAGUACCAUUAUACAAGGCACCUGUGAGACCUCAUCUGGAAUAUUGUGUGCAGGUCUGGUCUCCCAUGUUUAAGAAGGAUGAAUUCAAACUGGAACAGGUACAGAGAAGGGCUGCUAGGAUGAUCUGAGGAAUGGAAAACCUGUCUUAUGAAAGGAGACUCACUUUGUUUAGCCUAACCAAAAGAAGGCUGAGGGGAGAUAUGAUUGCUCUCUAUAAAUAUAUCAGAGGGAUAAAUACCAUGGAGGGAGAAGAAUUAUUUAAGCUCAGUACCAAUGUGGACGCAAGAACAAAUGGAUAUAAACCGGCCAUCAGGAAGUUUAGACUUGAAAUUAGACGAAGGUUUCUAACCAUCAGACGAGUUAAGUUCUGGAACAGCCUUCCAAGGGAAGCAGUGGAGGCAAAAGACAUAUCUGGCUUCAAGACUAAGCUUGAUAAGUUUAUGGAAGGGAUGAUAUGAUGGGAUAGCCUAAUUAUAGCAAUUACUCGAUCUUCAACUAUUAGCGGUAGAUAUGCCCAAUGGCCUGUGAUGGGAUGUUAGAUGAGGUGGGAUCUGAGUUACUAAAGAGAAUUCUUUUCUGGGUGUCUGGCUGGUGAGUCUUGCCCACGUGCUCAGGGUUUAGCUGAUCGCAAUAUUUGGGGUCAGGAAGGAAUUUUCCUCCAGGCAGAUUGGCAGAGGCCCUGGGGGUUUUUCGUCUUCCUCUGCAGGUCACUUGCUGGAGGAUUCUCUGCACCUCAGUCUUUAAACCACGAUUUGAGGACUUCAAUAGCUCAGACAUAAGUUAGAGGUUUGUAACAGGAGUGGGUGGGUGAGAUUCUGUGGCCUGCGUUGUGCAGGAGGUCAGACUAGAUGAUCAUAAUGGUCCCUUCUGACCUUAAAGUCUAUAAUUCUAUGAAUGCUGUUCAACCAUGUGCUGAGUGAUUUGAUUGGACAGUUCAUCCAUGUUGUUUUUUCAGGUGGCUUCAGCAAGAUCUAGAUCUGAACUGUAAUCAGUAAGGAUGAUAGGAACAUUAAUAACUCUUUGUGCAGGUAAUACUAGGUGGAGAAGUGCUUCCAUCUCAAUGGAACAGAGAUUCAGUGAGAAUUUCAAUACACCCUCUACAAGAGUCUUAAAGCUGCAGGGUUGAAACUGACUUGAGAGAUGUGUAGGGGUCACCGUCUUCCACCCCAAUUGCAAUGGGUCAGUUUUGGGAUAUUUUACACUUUCCAUUACCCACAAAGUUGCCACAUGUUCCAUUUUCAUUAUGUUCUCUUGCUGUCAUUAGAAACACAUUAACAACCCCAUUGUGGGUAUGAGAAGUGGUUUGGAAUCACUGAUUCUGAGAAUUACAGCCCUGGGUUUUGUUGCUUCAGCUGUUGUUGAGUGCUUGAUUGCCCAACUCAUUGUUUCCCUGCAAGAUGGUCGGUCUAAGAACAUGGAUUAAUUUAUCCUUACAAUACCCCAGUGAGCUAUAGAAAUAUUAUUACCCCCAUUUUACCAGUGCGGAAACUGAGGUACAGGAAAAUCAAGUGACUUAUCUAAGAUGACUCAGGGAGUCUAUUGCAUAGCUGGGAAUUCAACUUUGAACCCCAGUACAGUACCAUAACCACAAGAUCCUCCUUCUUUUCUUGCUGUCUUUCCCUCUGGAGUAUGAAAACGUUUAACAGCUUUGUCUUGUGCAGCAGCAGAGGUAAUUGUAGUAAGGAAGAUCCUUGUUGCUGAAUUCCUUUAAAAACUGGGGAUGGAAAAAGACACCAAUUGAGCCGUUCUCUCAAAGCUCCCUUUAAAAUAUCUAACCAAAAUACAGGGCAUACCUUCUUGAUGUCGGUGGAGGUAGCCAAAGAAUGAUACAUUGCCCAGAUGGAACAGAGGUACAGUAUGAAAUAGACCAUAGAAAUUAGAAAUUGAAAAUAGCCAUUAAUCUUCCCGGCCCCACUAAUGAGGGAUACAUUAAUGAAUCAAAACAAUAUGUACACAGAACGUGACUGCCGUGAUGCUGCCCUUUGUGUGAGUGUCUUUAUCACCCUGAAGCAUUCCUAAGAAAUGUCUACAAUUUCCUACUUCUGACAGUGCGUCUUUAUUGACGGCAUGCUUUGAAUUCUGUUUGCUUCCAAUUUUGUCCCAGACUUAGCCAUGAAUUUUUCAGUGAAACUUACUAAGACAAUCAGCACCCUGGAGAGACCUCAGAGCUUUAGCAUAUUCAUGGAAUAUCCUCUUGGUAUUGACACCUUCUCAUCAAUUAUUGGGAGUGGACCACAUCCACCCUGAUCGAAUUGGCCCUGUCGGCACUGGUUCUCCACUUGUAAGGUAACUCCCUUCUCUUCAUGUGUCAGUAUAUUUAUGUCUGCAUCUGUAACUUUCACUCCAUGCAUCUGAAGAAGUGGGGGUUUUACCCACGAAAGCUUAUGCCCAAAUAAAUCUGUUAGUCUUUAAGGUGCCACUGGGCUCCUCAUUGUUUUCAUUGGCACAAGUCUAUUUGGCAAGAAGGAUCUUUUAAAAAUGAAAUGAAAUUAUUUAGCUAAUCAGCUAAACAUUCACUUGGAGUGGUUUCUGUUAAUUUAUGAUCAGCCUUACGAGAUAGAUCAAUUGAAUACCUUGACAAACAUAACCAUGUUGGAUGAGUGUCGUAAAUAUACAGAACCAACAAAAAUGGAGAAGAACCGUCACAGACUUGUGUUUAAUUUAAAUGCAUUGGAUACAGAUUAAUUUCCUUUGUUCAGAACUACAAGCUCCUUGAUAACCAGUCUGAAAGUAGAGCUGGUUGGAAAAGUCAGGGUGCUUUUCACAGAAAAUGUUGAGGUUUUGGUAAAAUAUUUCUGUUGAGACCCAAGGCAUUUUGAUAGCGAAAUGCAUCUCCCAUGACACACCACUGUCUCCCUUCUUGGAGAGGGUAGUUAGCACAUCCUGGAAGUCACAUGUUGGAGAUGAAUCAUGGGAGAUGAAGUCUGACUGGGGAGCCUGGCCUCU